AUGCCUUCCACUCGAGAGGAUGAAGAUGAGCUUGACAGUGGCGAGAAUUUGUCUCGCUCGCCCAGUAGUCGAUACAACGAGAUCAGUGCCUGGGCUGUUCUGGGGCUAGCGUUACGAUAUGCCACUCUGUUGGGUCUCGAGCGGUCUGCUAUAGCACCAUUUCGAGAGCACACCAAGGAUCCUUCCAAAAACGACGUUAGCCGGCUGCGAGUAUGGUACAAUCUGCUUACCUGCAACUUCAAUUUAAUGCUCACCUCAGGUCUUCCUGCGUCGGUUGAUCCGGCUUUAUCGGUACAGGUCGCCCAGACCUUCAGCUCGCACAGCAGGACGCAGUACCCGGGGGACGUUCGGGUGACUGCACUUGUGGAGCUCGUGGGGUUUGUUUAUCGAGCGAUGUGCAGCUGUGGCGAUAUUUCGGGGCGUCGUUUGCAGGCACAUAGUCUCCAGAAGUUGAACAAGGAAUUGGAUUCAUGGGAGAGGUAA